UUGAAGAAAGAAGAGAAAUUGACUCACUUGCUCCGCCGAUGUAGUUAUAGGCAGACCUUUGAACUCAAAUCGAGGAUAGCGCCAUAUAGGUACCCCUCAAAUACCCGAGGCAUGUUUCCGCGAUCGGGUUGGAAUAGAUAUAUUCGAUAUCGGAGUACGACUUAACGGAAGGGCGCGAGAUAUGCGCCCUUCCGUCUGUAGGUAUGGCUUGGCCUGUUGAACAGUUGACAGGUAACUAAUGCUAUCAUAUGAGAGCAUAUCUAGUCCUAAGGGUUGGUUUAUAAAGUCUAUAUAAGGUCUUAGAACUCGUUGUAGUCUAGUAGCAACACCUCUCCUAAAAUCCGUCCAGAAAUACGAUUACCGAGGCCGUCUGUACUUGGUCUUGAGAAUCGGUCAGACAAUUACGCGGUACUCACGUCCAACAUGCCUGUAGACUACAACAGCUUGGACACCACAACGAUGGGAAACCCAGCUCCAAACAGGCUCGGAGAUAACCGGAAUGUAUUUGGCAAGAGAGUUCUUCAACAUUUCGCAUUUGAUCCAAGCCAUCGUAACCUGAAUCAUGGUAAGCAAUUAUCAUCAACUCUUUCAAGUUAUGUAGAUACCUAAGCUAUACAUGUUCGCUAAACCACCGACGGGCUCUUUUGGAGCAACUCCACGAGAAAUUAGAAACAAACUUCGGCAAUACCAAGAUCGCACCGAAGCAGCACCUGACGCGUUCAUUCGUUACGAGCUUCCCGGUAUACUCAACGACAAUCGGGAUGCCAUUGCAAAAUUACUUGGGGCACCGACAGAAACGGUAGUGUUUGUACCGAACGCUACAGCCGGAGUGAACACUGUCCUUCGGAAUAUCGACUGGGACGAUGACUGCAAGGAUGAAAUUCUCUAUUUCAGCACAAUAUACGGCUCAUGUGGAAAAACCAUUGACUAUCUUGUUGAUUCGGGCCGCGGCCGGAUUUCAUCACGGGAAGUACGGAUAACCUAUCCAUGCGAAGACCACGAGAUUAUUUCCUCUUUCGUAGACGCGGUCGAGGACUCCAAAAGAGAGGGGAAACGCGCAAAACUUUGCCUCUUCGACACAGUAUCUAGUCUCCCGGGCGUUCGAUUUCCUUUCGAGGCUAUUGCGAAAACCUGCAAAGAGAAAGGGAUCCUGAGCCUGGUAGAUGGCGCUCAGGGCGCCGGGAUGCUUCAUUUCGAUCUCGAAGCUCUGGAUCCCGAUUUCUUUGUUUCUAAUUGCCACAAAUGGCUUUACGUACCGAGAAGUUGUGCUGUCCUGUACGUUCCAUUUCGGAACCAAGGGUUGAUAGCCUCAACAGUACCUACUUCUCAUGGAUACAUCUCUAAGUCUGGAGAAAGGUUCAACCCGUUGCCGAGGAGCCACCCAAUACCUUUUAUUAACAAUUUCCAGUUCAUAGGAACAUCGGACACAAGUGCUUACCUCUGCGUUAAGGAUGCGAUAGCAUGGCGGGAGAAGACGUUCGGAAGCGAAGACGAGAUCAUCAAAUAUACUCAUGGGCUGGCAAGGGAAGGAGGUAAGAGGGUCGCGCAGAUUCUUGGGACUGAGGUCUUAGAUAACAAGACCGGCACAAUCUCGCGGUGUGCAACGACAAACGUGGCCUUGCCAUUAACGCUCGAGCAGGCAUCUCGCGCGUCUGCGUGGAUGAUGGAAAGAAUGGUGUUCGAGUAUAAGACUUUAAUCCCGCUAUUCACACAUAAUGGCCGUACAUGGGCGAGGAUAAGUGCGCAAACUUAUCUGGAUAUCGAAGAUUUCGAGUGGGCCGGCGGGGUGCUUCGUGAGCUCUGCGAGAGAGUUGAAAAGGGAGAAAGUACCGAGGUGCUUUACUAGGUUAGGGAAGUUGUAGGUUGUUUACCUACCCACAAUAGUAAAGGACUUGGGCCUUGAUUCUCUGCAGGAAUAGCUAGCAAUAUUUUCGGCAGUUUCUAAUAAGAUUGCUUUCGGUUCCGGGUUCGACCAGUAAUAUACCAAUAGGAAAGGGGAAUGAAAAGGUGCCACUAGACUCUAACUACAAUUCCGCCUGUAAGCAUGUCUAGAGUACUCGGUCAACGUUGCCAGUAGAUCCUUGGUCGUCAUCUCGAAUGGAAGUAAUAAGCAUCGUCUUCAUAUCUUUCCUUCCGGCGUGUCGCAAAGAUACAUGGUCUUAUCAUCGGGGGGGCCAAACAGGGUCGUUGAACACUGGUGAUCUAUCUUGGCCUGACACAUCGUCCGCCUUUUCGCCUUUCAAACACCAAGCCAUCGUCUAUUGUCUAUUCGAACCUUAUCAUUUAGACUCGCAUCUUCGGGGUGAUGGACUUCGGCGUUAUACUGGUUGAUUCCCUACAAUAUUUUUUUUCUGUUCUUAUCUAGUUGCAGGUAGAUAUAAUUUACAUAUUUACAUUUCUUGUGGGGAUUAAUUAUCUUUGCUACCUAUGAACCUCUCCU